AUGUCGCAGAUCGAGGUCCCCCUAGAGCGAAAAGGGACAUCAUCUCAAGGCCUAGGCCUUUGCGUGACGGGUCUACGGGAUUUCGUCGUCAGGCAAAUUUAUGUCAUUGAGGUCCUCGGCGCAACGUACACGAACCCCAAGAUGCUACUGAGCCCGUCUACGAGUCCUGCCACAGUGACCAAAUUGCUCCAAGAAAAGCUAGAGCAUUCGUAUCUGGGAUGUCCUGGGUAUAUAUUACACGCUCUCGGAGUGUUUUCUUCAUGUCGGGACUUUCUCGUUUUGCCAGGACUAAAGAGUGAAAAAGACCUUGAAGUAAACAUUGAACGUGCAUGUUCUGUGCUUACCUGUACGGAAAAGUUUGACAGCCGUGCCUGGGCGGCCGCGUUGCCACAAAUGCCUUCCGCUCCAGUGCAUGUAGACGAACUCGAUAUAUUAGCCGAGGUUUACAAGAUCGGAGCCCAGAUAUUUGGCAGGCGCGUUAUCGACGCACUUGUUGGCGAGACAACGGCUCAGAAUAAGGACCUCCUCGUGCAUCGGCUUGUCGGUCUUAUACGUGAAAUAAGACGCAAUGACAACUUGUUCAAAUGCAUCCUCUGGCCAAUGGUUAUCGCAAGUCUAGAGUGUUGCCAAAUAGAGCAGAAAGAGUUUCUGACAGAUUGUCUUCAGAGGUUCUGGCUGGAAACAAGAUGCUUAAAUGUAAUGAAUGCCGAAGCAAUACUUCGUAAACGGUGGCAGCAGGAGGAGGGGGAAGGGUCAGCGCCGUCACAAUGGAUAUUCAAGAUUGGUCGACUUGGGGGUGAUUGGCUCCUCAUAUAG